UCAACCAUCCUAAUUGUGUCAGCAUGAGAACUCUGGUUGUAUUGGCAGUGGUGGGAGUGUGCUCGGCGGCCCCCUUCAUCCAGGACGCCCCCGACGUGCAGGCUGAGAAAGCGCGGUUCUUCCAAGCCUUCAACGCUGCUCAGGCUGCUGCCACUCGCCACCAGGCCCUCCACCGCCCCUCGCCCUCCGUCCAGCCCAAGUGGUAUGGACCCGUGGCUGCCACCGUCCCUGCCGGCGUCGGCGGCACCAUCACCCCCGUGGGCGACACCGCAGAGGUGGCUGCCGCCCGCAACGCCUUUAACAACGCCUACCAGGCCCAGCUGAGGGCUACAGUUGGUGCUGCACCUUCUGUUCACUCCUACGCCCCUACCUACCAUCACGCUCACGCUGCCCCUCAGUACCAGCCCAAGUGGACCGGCCCCGUGGCAGCCACCGUGCCCGCCGGACUCCCAGGCUCCGCCCCGCAGGUCGCCGACACUCCCGAAGUCGCAGCCGCCAAGCAGCAGUUCUUCAGCACGUACAACAGGCAGGCGGCAGCUGCAGCAGCCCCAUCUCAUCGCUACUACUAAGCUACGCUGUGAUAAUCUGGAUUAGCUUUUAGAGUUAUGAAAUUGGCAAAAUAAAAAUAUAUCAGUCAUUUUAUCUUUGGCUUCCGCUUUGAAGUCUAUGAACACAGCCAGAGAAAAUCACGUGAUGAAUCAGUUUACGUCAUGAGGACCUCGAAUGUGACAAUUACUUUCCUAUUAUCAAUUUCAUUGUAAAUAACGUUGCAACAGAUAAGCUGUUUGAUUGGAUUUAUGAAGAAGCUGUAAAUAUGCUAUGUAAUUGUAAGCAAGAGGUUUUUCUAUAAUGUGAAUUUUGUUGGUGGGAGUAAUAUUGCAAAAUAAAAGUAUUCAACAUCA